GUCGGUCAGACAGACAAAGGGAGGCGGAGGCGGGGGGACAGACUGUCAGUUGCCGGUGCAGCAGCACAGCAGCUCGGCUGAGGCAGCAAGCAGCACCCCGCACUCCCGGUCCCAUCUUCCCUUUACUAUUCUCCAUUCCCCGACCCUUGUCAUCCAUCAGAUAUGUCAGCCAGACCGGGAUUUUAUCGCCAGGAGCUGAAUAAAACGGUGUGGGAGGUUCCAGAACGGUACCAGAACCUGACGCCGGUGGGGUCCGGAGCCUACGGUUCGGUGUGUUCGGCCUACGACGUCGUCUUGCGUCAAAAAGUGGCCGUGAAGAAGCUCUCCAGGCCUUUUCAGUCGCUCAUCCACAGUCGACGUUCGUACCGGGAACUCAGGCUCCUCAAGCACAUGAAACAUGAGAACGUAAUAGGGCUGCUGGACGUCUUCACACCUGCUGCAGCACUUGAAGAAUUCAAUGAACUCUACCUGGUGACCAACCUGAUGGGUGCAGACCUCAAUAACAUUGUCAAAUUCCAACGGCUGUCAGACGAGCAUGUUCAGUUUUUAAUUUAUCAGCUACUCCGUGGCCUCAAGUACAUCCAUUCAGCUGGAUUGAUUCACAGAGACCUUAAACCGAGCAAUGUGGCUGUUAAUGAAGAUUGUGAGCUGAGGAUCCUUGACUUUGGCUUGGCGAGGCAAACAGACGACGAGAUGACAGGGUACGUGGCGACUCGCUGGUAUCGAGCGCCGGAAAUCAUGCUAAAUUGGAUGCACUAUAAUCAGAAUGUUGAUAUUUGGUCAGUGGGAUGCAUUAUGGGGGAGCUGCUGAAGGGAAAAGUCCUUUUUCCCGGCACUGACUAUAUUGACCAGCUGAAGAGAAUCAUGGAGAUGGUGGGAACGCCGACGCCUGACCUCUUGAAGAAGAUCUGCUCCGAACACGCACAGAAGUACAUCCAGUCUCUGCCUUUUAUGCCCCAGCAAGACCUGGAGAAGAUCUUCAGGGGAGCCAAUCCACUCGCUGUAGAUCUGCUUAAGCGCAUGCUGGUUCUGGACUGCGAUGGAAGAAUCUCAGCCAGCGAGGCUCUAUCCCACCCCUAUUUCUCCCAGUACCACGACCCGGACGAUGAACCGGAGGCGCCGCCUUACGAUCAGACACUUGAGAGUAAAGACCGCACUCUAGAAGAAUGGAAAGAGUUGGUGUUCACGGAGGUGAAUGGCUUCAAAGCGUCCGUCGGCAAGACUGACAGCCUUCAGGUGGAGCAGUGAGCCUACCGGCGCCACCCGCUCAAAGAGUCAGCACACUUAGGCACUAGCAAGACAAGCGGCUUCCUGUUAGCCCGAAAGAGGAACAACAGACAUCCCAAACCGUUCAUAUGCCAGAGCAACUUUACAGAAGUGUUUACAGACGUCGUUUGAAGACAUCACGCACGCUAGGAUUUCCAAAGCGAGAACAAAAACACCAUCUGCUUCCUCGGUAUUGCAACACUUUUGUUUGUGUUGAAAGGCUUGCGUCAACGCCCGCUUAGGACUGACUGCAGCCUGCAUACUACUACUGCAUGAUUGUAUUACACAGUAUCAACACAGCAUAUUAAGAAUCUAGCCUGCAGGUUAUGGAGAGGAAAUGAUCCAAUAAUCAUUUCUGCCCAUCAUAAAUCAGUGAUUCAAAUCAUUUCUAGUUUACACAGUAGUCAUCACCAAGUUUGCUUUUAAUUACCAACGUAUUAAAUGCGGCAGGCCUGUGUUUACAGUGUGUCCUAUUGUUUAUUGAUGGAAAUGUUUUACAGCCGAUGAAGUGACUGAUUUUAGCAUCAUUUUGUACGACAAAGACGCCACAUCUGAGGAAUGCGAUGUCAUAUAUGAAUGCUGUUGAAUAUACUUUCAGGGUGAGUUGCAACUGUCAAGUGAAUGUAAAGGUAUAGGAGUGUGCAUAAAGUGUGUUAUGUUGUCUGGAUAAAUGGUGUUCACCUCUGAUUGAAAUGUCCACAACUUUUAUAUUUUGUGGUGUAUGGCUUCUGUUCUUAUAAACACUUUAUGACCAAAGGUUUCAGGUUUUCAGACCAUUUGAAUUGUACUUGAUCAUCAUAUCAUAAUCAUGAUACGGUACAUUCACUGACCACAUAUUGGUGUAUGACCCGUUCUCCCAACCUCUUCUCCUUUCGGCUUUUCCCUUCAGGGGUCGCCACAACGAAUCAAUUGCCUCCAUCUAACCCUGUCUUCUGCAUCCUCUUCUCUCACACCAACUACCUUCAUGUCCUCUUUCACUACAUCCAUAAACCUCCUCUUUGGUCUUCCUCUAGGCCUCCUGCCUGGCAGUUCCAAACUCAGCAUCCUUCUACCGAUAUAUUCCCUAUCUGUCCUCUGGACAUGUCCACACCAUCUCAGCCUGGCCUCUCUGACUUUAUCUCCAAAACGUCUAACAUGUGCUGUCCCUCUGAUGUACUCAUUCCUGAUCUUAUCCUUCCUGGUCACUCCCAGAGAGAACCUCAGCAUCUUCAACUCUGCUACCUCCAGCUCUUUCUCCUGUCUUUUCCUCAUUGACACUGUCUCUAGACCAAACAACAUCGCUGGUCUCACCACAGUUUUGUACCGUUCUCCCAACCUGCUCACUACAAACCUGACAAGGGAGUUAAAACUGAAAGUCAAGGUGCGCUCAAAGCUUGCUUAUUUUUUUUGCAGUUCACAAAAAGCACGUAAAAAGAUAACUGCAAAGGGUUAGGUUCAUGAAAAAUUGUCGCAAAUAAAACUCACUGGAAUACCAUAAAUUCGGGUGUACAAGCUGCACCCACUAAAUUUAGAGGAAAAACCACAUUCGUACAUAUGUAAGCCGCACAUGUCCAUGUCAUAAAAUGGAAUAUUGUGGCACCCACGAGGCUGUGAGGACCCGGCAUGUCACGGCGAGCUCACGAAAGUGCAGGAGGUCAUUACUCAAUAUAAAAGUCUGACAAAUUGUGUGCGUGUUUUGCAAACAGCACAACAAUAAUGACUUCCACUGCAAAUCAUUUUACAGGAU